UUCGAAAAUAUCUUUACUUGUAAACUUCCGGUUUCUACCUCUUUCCAAUCGCUAAAAUGGCGAACACCAAACAGCCGCCAAAGGUCCCUGAAACUCUCCUGAAGAGGAGGAAGCAGAAUGAGGAACGACGGGCUAAACAAGCCAAGGCUAACCUGCUCGCUAAAAAGAAGCUUCAAGACAAAAGACGAGUGAUUUUCAAGCGUGCUGAGAAGUACGUGAAGGAGUACCGAUCCCAUGCCAAGGCCGAAAUCAACAUCAACAGACAGGCCAAGAAGUCUGGCAACAUCUACGUUCCAGCUGAACCCAAACUUGCCUUCGUCAUGAGAAUCAGAGGUAUCAACGGUGUGCACCCACGGCCCAGGAAGAUCAUGCAGCUGCUGCGACUGAGGCAGAUCAACAACGGCGUGUUCAUGAAGCUGAACAAGGCCACCAUCAUGAUGCUGAGAGUCGCCGAACCCUUCAUCACCUGGGGGUACCCCAACCUGAAGAGUGUGAGAGAGCUGAUUUACAAGAGAGGCUACGGGAAGGUGGAAGGUCGCAGAAUCCCACUCACAGACAACACUAUCAUUGAAAAGGUCCUAGGAAAGUACGGCAUCAUCUGUAUGGAGGACCUCAUCCAUGAGAUCUACACGGUAGGGCCCAAUUUCAAGGCCGCCUCCAACUUCCUGUGGCCCUUCAAGCUGAACACACCCAACGGGGGCUGGCGCCGCAAGUACAACCACUUCAACGAUGGUGGAGACUGCGGGCUCCGGGAAACCCAGAUCAACCCUCUCCUCAGACGGAUGGUUUAAGAUUAUUUAUGCUUACAUGGACCUUCAGUGCUGGAAAAUAAAAAGAAAAACACUUAAAA